AUGGGCGGGUGGCGAGGGGAUGAAAUGGCGGCUGCGCCGGGCGCUUGCGGCCCCGGUGCGGCGAGCGCGGCCGCUCUGCCCAGGGAGGCCAAGCGAGGGCUGCCCGUGCCGGGCGUGAGCCGAGCCCGCCCGCGGCGCCGGCCCGCGGGCACGCGUCGUGUCCAGGAGGCGCGCGUGUCAGAAUGCAGCGGCGCCGGGGAUGCCCUGCUGCCCCUGCCUCACGUCACUGGGCCACUGAUAAAACAGCGUGAACAGCAAGGGUUUACAGAAGUGGUUAAAUUCACGCCUCCUUUGUACAAACAACGUUACCAGUUCAUCAAAGACUUAGUGGGGAAAUACAAACCCAAGAAGGUAGCAGAUUUGGGCUGUGCUGACUGUACUCUUCUCUGGAUGCUAAAAUUCUGCAGUUGCAUUGAAGUGUUAGCUGGGUUAGAUAUCUGUGAGAAUGUGAUGAAAGAGAAAAUGCAUCGGUUGUAUCCUCUUCCUGGUGACUAUUUGCAACCAGCUGAACGAUCUCUAACUGUUACCUUGCACCAUGGCUCCGUUGCUCAUAAAGAUCCCUGCAUGCUCGGUUUUGACUUGAUAACAUGCAUUGAAUUAAUAGAGCAUCUGGAAGAAUCAGAACUGGAAAAGUUUCCUGAAGUGGUGUUUGGUUUCAUGGCUCCAGCAAUGGUUGUGAUAAGUACUCCAAAUUCAGAAUUUAACCCGUUGCUUCCAGGAGUGACAUCUUUCAGACACCCAGACCACAAAUUUGAAUGGAACCAAGCAGAAUUUCAAAGCUGGGCACUACAUAUUGCUAGAUGCUACAAUUACUCAGUGGAAUUCACUGGCGUAGGGCCCCCACCGAUGGGAAUGGAAGAUGUUGGGUUUUGUACCCAAAUAGGGGUGUUUGUAAGAAAAUAUUCCCAAACAGGUGAAACUGCUCAUUUUGAGAAACCCACCAAAGCAGCUUACAAAACU